AUGCACACGAACCAGUUAAACGGGAUGAAGGCCCAGCUGGACGGAAAGGGAACCAAAUUCCUCGGCGGAAAAACUAGGAAGCUUAACACCAAGGGAAGCAAUCAAAAUACAGGUGCGCAUUUCAAUGUAUCAGGGGAAGGCCAAAAUGACGAAAUGGUUAAUGUCUUCCCAUUUGGAGAAGAUACACCUCACAGGGAAAUCGAAAAGGUUAGGGAUCAAGCCAACUCAUCCAUACACAAUGACAUUUUUGUGGACAUGAUGCAACACCCCGAAUGGAAUGUAAUGUACACACGCAGCAAAACAGAAAAUAACUGCUACAAAAAAAAUGCCUUACACAAUGACGAGUCAGAAGUGCUCACGAAGAAAAAAUCGCUUCCUCUUUCGUUUAAUCACAAAUCAAAUUACGUAAACAAGGAAGAAAAUGGGAAGAUCAAUGAGACUACUUUUAUGCGUAUGAACAAGGGGGAAAGUGAAAAUACAGAUAAAAUUUUGUCCUUUAGGGACUUGAAAAAGGGGAAAAGUGGGACCGAAGGUCACGUAGGUGAGUUCACAGCGGAAGGUUGGCCAAAUGGGGGAGACAAACCAAGCGGGCAUAAUGACACAGACAAAUUCGAUCAACUGAAGGAGAAGAACAAUCAGAAUGAACAGGUCGCACAAAGCGUUAAGAACACACAACCUUAUCUCCCAGGAAAAAAAGAAGAAAGUGCAACAAAUGAUCGUAUGACAGAAGAAAAAAAUUACACACAGAAAAGGCAACUACAUGGGCACAACUUAAAAAAAAAAAAAAAAAAAAGUGAAAAAAUCCAGAAUGAAGCAAGCAAAUUCUUCAAUGGAAAGGAGUUACACGCAAAAAACACAAGAGCGGAAAAAGCUGAGGAAGCAAGAAAAGAAAAAGAACAAAAAGAAAAAGAAAAAGGCCCCAUAAAAAAAUUAAGUGCAGCAAAAAUAAAUGAUGAAUUGAGUGUGCUGGAAUUGAGAAAGGAGAAAAAUCGCGAAAUUAGAACAAAAUUUGAAAAAAUCUCCCUAAACUCGCAGGGGAAAAAAGAACAUACAUUUGGGAAGCUAAACAAUAAUCAGAAAUGUUCGGAUGGUUCACAAAAGGAGUCUUCUGAGGAGCAAAUCAUGAUUCAGAAGAUUUUCAUACAAGAAAGUGACACAGACGACGUAGUUCAGAGGAAGGUGAAUUCCAUUGAGCACAUUUUGGAAGAAACGGAAAAGAGGAAUAUGAAUAAUUCACUUAAAAGGGUUAGUAGCUUCAAAACAGGGAAAGGGAAAGAAAUCGAAAAUGGCACCACGGGCCAAAGUGUUGGAGAAAGAACCAAUGUGGGGGAGCACCUGUGCAUGCACUCGUUGGGGACGACUUCCUUAAGUUCAUUUAGCCCCUUGGAAGAAGAAAUAGGAGAAGAGAAAGACAUAGGAAGUGUGAAUAAGGUUGGCCUUCUCAAAGGAAACAGGAAAAACCAAAGUACUGGUUUGUUUUAUGAUAACAUGGAGGAGGAGAAGGAUGAAGAAUCUACCCAUAUUUUGAAUUCACCACUUGGAGGUGAAGUCGAAAAAGAGGUGAAAAGAAAAAUUAACAAAAAGGGAAGUUAUCACAUCCAGUCGAGUGAACAUUGCAAUACCAAGAAUGUAGAAAGCAUAAACGAAUCUGGAAGAACGUCCUCCGGCUCGUCAGAUGAAUUAGUGGACAUCAAAAUAUACGACGACUCCGAAAUAGAGGAGGCCAAGGAAAGUGAAUUGGACAAAUUUUGGCUUAACAGACAAGUAUCAUCUCUUCUGAAUAAAUCAAAACUGUAUUCUGCUAAAUAUUCAGACGAGUUCAAUUCAAGCACGGCCAAAUGUAGCGGUGGAAAUUACAUCAACGGAUGGGGGCUUCCAACAGGAGAAGAAUAUUCGCAAGAGGAAGGAACGAAUCGGAGAAUAAUUUCACCAAAAAUGAAAAGAUACGAAAGUGACAUCUUCCCAGCUGUAAAAAGUGGGGCAAAUUUUUUUCAGAAGCGAAACACGACAGAUAAUAUAGAAAUGAGGGAAAGGGCCAUUAUCUUGGAAGAGCAUGACGAAGGAGGGAUGUCUAGGACGCCCAACCGAAGAGACAGGGGAGAUGCUCCGUUUGGAAAAUACACUCUCAGUAGAAACGACACAACGAACCGUGCGGAAAAGGAAGGAAGCAUGGAGGACAUGGCUAGCAGGAUAGAUGCCAUAAAAAAGAAGUUAUCCCUCAUUAAUAACACCGACAUCGAUCUCAUGAACUUUGAAAAUUUCGACAUGUACCAAAUCGAUUUUGAUAAAUUGGGGCUAAAGGUGGACAACUUAGAAAAAGAAGAAAAAUACAUUUUGAUGCUCUACAUGUCGGAAAAAAAAGUGGAAUAUCUCCGUGGUGAAAAGGGAGCACACAAAAUGGUCCAUGUGACUUCGGAAGCAUUUCCAUCAAAUUAUAACAAAAUGGUGGACGUGGGGGGAGCCAUCUUGGGGGGUGAUGGGAAGUCAGUGCCAAUGGGGAAGUCACCUAGUGGUAUUAGUAGCGGUGAAAGCGAUGGAAGCGACAGCAGUGACGGCGGAUUUCUCCAGUUGGGGCUCCUCGUCGAGCUGUACCGUAAAUUGUCAAAGCAGCAGAGCAUGACGUCGAAGGUGGAGGAUAAGGAACAGCCCAGUCAGUUCAGCCAAUCCAGUCAGAUCGUGGAACCCAGGCAAGCCACUACCAAGAAUGAGAAGAUUCUUCUAAAAAAAGUGCUAGCAAAUUUUGUAUACCUAUUUCUCCAAGAUGAAUGUCUGGACAAGGUAGUAAGGAACUAUGAAAAUAUGAAGCAAGCCAGUGGGAAGGAAGAAGCGAAACGGGCAAAUUCGAAAUGCUUGCACUACAUUUGCAGUAGCUUGUUACAGGACAUUUCUAGCUGCCAUUCGUGUGAAGAGAAAGACCCCAUCGGGACAGACAUUUCCGGGGUGUUUUACAAAAUAGUAAAAGAAAUAGGAAGCAAAAUUCUAUCGAACGAUAAGCUAAUGGGGAAAAUAAAACAAGUACAAAUUAUUAAUAGCAUGUUAAGGGAGGAAGUUAGAACCUAUUCCAUCAAAGUUGCAUACAUGGAUAAAUUUCUCGACAUAGAACCACACUUCAUUGAAGAAGCGGAGAAAGUCGUACUUGGCGAUGACAUCGGAUUCUUUCGGAUGCACACAUUAAACAUGAAUUAUAACUACAACUAUCAUACCCAUGGGAGGAAUACAAAAUUGCUCCACCAGAAUAGCAACCCUGUUUGGAAUUUUUUUUAUGCCUAUUUUAACGAUAUUUACAAUUGGUAUAGUGAUAAGAAUGGAAGGGAUUUUUCUCCUCAGGGUGAGGUACAAAAUGCAGAAAUGAAUAAAGACAUGGCUUCUUCGAAGAGGGUCUCCAGGAAUUUUAUCAAAGUUAAGGAUGAAUCUAGCGGGGUAGAGGAAGGUCCUCUCGGAAAGGAUCACAAGGAGGUGGGUGCUGAUCAGGGUCCACACAAUCAGAAUGAAUCAAAUUCUACUAGGAAUGAAAUGGCACCCUCUUCUCCAUUAGAAUGGAAGAGUGAUAAGGGAAGUAAUCAAUUUCAACCGGGGAACUCUUCCUCCCACACAGUGGAAGACAAACAGAGCGAGCAACAGAAGUAUCUGAACAAAGACAGGGAAGAUGCAGGAAUGGAAUCAUUUAAUAUUAUCGGAGAGAAGAAAUAUCUAGCCAAUGUGAACUCUGUGGAAAGGACAAUACUAAGUAAUUCCACGAAGAUUGGAGAAUGUCCACUAGGAAGUAACACGUCAAGUGUAGAUAAUUUAAUUUCUUCAGAAUAUAACAACCUAGGAAAUAGCGGAAGCAAUGGUGAUUUGACUUCCUUCGGGGGAGACCACCUCCAAGCCGUUCAGAAUGAUAUGCCACCCGAUGGAGACUGUAUUGAGGAUGAAUUGGGGAGCCAUGUGACUCAUAAAAUAGGUACUGAUCCCCCAGGUGGCAAACUCAGCAACAGCCAUACCCCAGUGGAGCCCAAAACGGAAUCAAUUCCAAAUAAUAAAAAGAAGAAGCAGAAAGAGGACAUCGAAGAGACGCACCUAGUUUCGUUUCAAUACAAAGGAUCAAUACCAAAGGGGGAAAUGAACCUAUUGGGCAACAUGAGUAGAGAUAAGAACAAGAAUAUAAUAGGGUGCUACCUGUCUGCACCAACCGGCGAAAAUUUAAUUGCUAUUCAAAUAAAAAAUGAGAAAAUUGAAAAUGUACCCGGUGCGCAUUUUCUAGUGGAACGGUGUAAUAAGUACAACAAUGAAUUUAACAACUCCUUUGUUCAUAUAUUAAAUUCGAGGACAAAACGUUACCUCGCUGUAGAUCUUGAGAACGGGAAAUUCCUCUUUACGGGGAAAUACGAUGACGUUCUCUUUACAGAUGAGCGUAAUGUAGAACACAGGGUAUGCACCUACUUCCAGCUGCAGUCCAUAUCUGACCUGAUGAAGAGUGUGAUCAUCGAGGACCUAGUGCAGAGCAUGGCUGACCUUGUUCUUCGAUAG